GGAACUGGAGUCAGGUAACUGCCUAAAGCGCGAACACUGGCUUCUGGACUGUGAUAUCGGCUCACUGCGACUAUUAAAGCGACUAUUAACAGCGAGGUAACAGCGUGGACAAAGUUUACAGAGAAUAGGCCGUCAUACUGUGUGCUACAUUUGACACACUUUUUGUUUUAAUCGGCUACAGCCAGAAAAGUUGGAUAUUUUAUCGCUUACGAGCAAUUUAACUAUAUUGUACCCUACGUUUCACCUGCGUUCACUUUUUAUCUUUUCUUUAAGUUGGACAGCACGGAUCAGGUGCUCUGGCUGAAACGAUUUUUGAUCUGGAAGGUUUGAAACGCGUGAGCGUAUGUUUGUACGCGAUCUCCUGAUCGCAGUAUCGUAUCUCACCUAAAGGAAGGUACGCGGUCGGUAGGCUAUUUUUUCACACCAGUUCAUCGGGAUAUCUGCAUAACCGCAACGUUGCAUCAGGUUCAAUAUGGACGAGGCGGUAAAGUACCAGCAGAGGCUGCAAGCUAUAGCGGAGAAGCGGCGACUCCAGGAAGAGGAGGAUCGAGCGCGGAGAGAAAUGGAGGAGGAAAGGCUGAGACUGCAGCAGCUCAAGAGGAAAUCUUUGAGGGACCAGUGGUUGAUGGAAGGCCCCCCCACUUCACCCGACAGCUCAGGGCCCCGUUCGCCGCUGUGGGGGCCACAGGCUCAGGAGAUGGAAGCACGUAUAGAGAAGUUGCAGUCAGAGACAGAGCGUGGAGCCCAGGAGAAGGAGAAGCAGCAGCAGCAUAUGAAGGAUGACUCUGCUGUAAACGACUCAAACGGAGGUGUGCAAGGCAACAGUAAGGGUGAUGCAGGUGCAGAGGAAGUGGCAGCAGAUUCUGAGUCCUCCCCCUCAGGAGAAAUCACAGAGAAUGGGAAAAUAGAGAGAGAAGAAGCCUCUCUGAAUGCUGAUGACGGCCAGUCUUCCCAAGAAGAAUCUGCACAGAUCCACAAUGGCGCGGAUACAGCAGCGGAGACAGCAACAAAUGUGGCCCUUGUUAAUGGUGCCGUGGAAGGGGAAAAGGUCCACGAUCCCUCAGACCAGGAUGGACUCCCUCACACCAAUGGCCUGACCAGUGAACAGACUGCCAGUGUGGGGAUUGGGGAAGGUGCUGUUACCCUCACGUUCCUAGGCUACUCCGAGGCAGAACCCGGGCAGGGCGUUAGCGAGGAUGACGAUUGUGGAGCCGUCAUCCGAGCAGAGCGGGUAAUCAUCACAGAUGAGGGAGAUGAACUCCCCGACGAGCAGCCCGAUCCCUCAGCCAAUGAGACUGAAGAGUCAACGGUGCCGGCAGAAAGCCUGGAGUCUCCUGAGAGUACAGAGGUAGAGCCACAUUUAGAAACCUCUGCAGAUGCAGAGAAGAAGACAGAGGAGACGGAGACCAAAGUCACAGAGAGCGCUGAGAAUACUGCAGAUGCCAUGGAAACGGAGAUAGAAAAAAGUGAAGGAGGCGGAGUGGAGGCACAGGUCUCUGACAUUUCUGAGGCCCAGCUCCAAGCAGAAACACUAGAGGGCAGUGUUGCAACUUCCCAGGUCCCAGUGUACUCCACAACAGAACCCUCCGUCACACCCAGGGCUGAUGGAGAAGAGGAGGUAGCCCAAGCAGAUCCCAUAAAGGAUGAUGACACAGAGGUUUCAGGACAGGAUGCAACGGGCCAGUUCCAGGAGGUUCCCCUAGAUGGAGCUACAGACGUCAAAGAACCCACCGCCAAGCAGCAGACCCCAUCUGCUGAAGAAGAGCCCCUUUUGUCCUCCAAAGCCACGCCCCUGACGGAAACCCAGACUCCUAGCCGUGCCGAAGCGGAGGGUACGCCCAAACGGAAAACCUGCCAAUGCUGCUCCGUCAUGUGAACUGUGGUCUAUAUGCUCUGUGUCCCUUUUUUCUUCCUCUCCAUCUCUUCUUCUUCUCUUCAACAUGUUCUUCGACAUUUUCACUUUUAAAAUGUUCAUAUCAAGAGAAGACCUACAGUGAUUUCCCCAGUGGUAAUCCUAAAAUACUCAAUUCCACCACACCUUCUAAGUCAAAGGGAUUUGACUGGUUUUGCUGUGCUGGUACCAAAAAAAAAAAAAAAAAGAGGCAAGAUUUGAGUGGUCGGGUCAAAAACGACCCAUUAGUCGUAAACAUCUAUCACUGCAGUGAUACCUGUACCAGAACUGAGCUUUCUCCAAAUGGAAUUACUGCCGUGUUCUUGCAAUCCAAAGGAUUUUUUUCUUCACUAUUAUAUCUUCAGAGAGAAAGUGGAGUUUCCAUUAUAUCUGUGGCAUACUGGAGCUUAUGCUAAAGCUACCAAUGCAGCACUGGCUGGCAGCUCAACACUGUGGUGCCUCUCUCUGAUCCUACCUACACCUCAGUCUUGAAAUGACAAGCUGUUCUCAGUCUCACAUCUCUGGAAGAGUGUCUGUCUCUCCAGAGGGACCCUAUUGAUCUCAAACCAACACUUACAGUACAAGGGCAUACCUAGUGAAUUAUAAGCCAUGAAUGAAGCAGAAUCACCGUGCAAGUCCAUUAAAAGACUUUUUAAUUAAACUACUUCAGUACAGUGUGGCCUGAUUUUCCUAUAGAGUAACAAAACUCCUCCAGAAUAAAUAAUCCUGAAAUGGAAGUUUUUAAUCCACAUGAUGUGAAGUACUGCGUUAUAUACACAGUGCAUAGUCUUUUUAUUAUGAUAUUAUGCCCUGGAUUACUUCACCUAUUUAAGUACACUUUUUUCCCAUCAAACAAAUAGGCCAAUAAUCAAUAAAUGUCAAAGGUCAAACUACUACAAAGUUUGGAGGAGAAAGGAAAUUCACAAUCCUACGAUGAAAUACAUGUUCUCCAAAGUGUUCAAUUUCAGAAGCCACUGUAACCAAAACAGUGAGCAACCUGUUUUCACUUUUUUUUUUUUCAGUUUUAUCCAAACAUUUUUCAUUCACCCUAGAAUUUUAAGUAUUGUGUAAAUGCACGAUAAUUAGUGCUGUGUACCUGUAUGUAAAUAGACGACAUGAAAUUUGAGUGAUCGUAACUAGGGAGUGGUGGGGAUUAUUGUAUUGAAAAUAUGCCUUUUGAACAGGCUACUC